UGUAGUGAAUAAAAUGCAAUUUUCAAGAAUGUGGGCAUUUAAUAAAUCCAGGAGAGGUAUCUUUGGGUGAUAACUUGUUCACUGGAGUAAAUCAUGAGUAUCUGUAUCUCUGGGUGUUUUGAAAAUUUGCACCCUUAAGUCUGGCGCCAUGAAGAAAAUCCACAGAAUUCCAGCUGGUAGUUAAUUUAGUACAUAUAUCAUGAAUGUUCAGAGAGGUAAAGAAGACCUCAGAAUCACCCAGAAACCCACAAAAAUGUGUGUGGGCCUCUUUGUAUUGGUUUCUGGGGCUGAGGUUUCCCAUUCAGCCAUGAAGAUGCUGGUUUACGCAGAAGCAAAUUCCUUUAUCAUAGCUGUGCUUUUAAUUUAGGAAAGACAUCUGUGUUAAAGUCAAACGCGUUGAAAUAAUUCCUCAUCUGGUCUUUUUUUGUUGAGCUCUGGUUUGGGACAUUGAAACUGAUAUUCAGCCAAACAAACCCCAUGAAGCUGUCCACAUGUUGUGUCUGCAUCUGAUUAUACAUACAGUAUAAGUAUAUACAUGCAGUGGCCUCUUCAGCAACAGCAGAGGGAGCGAAAACACAUUUAAAAUGACAUGACCUCCACAGGAGAAACAUCUGCCCCCAACAACAACCUCACACACAGCACACAUGGUCUUACCGCCUCAGCCUGUUUGUCCUUCUGUAUCAGUGAGUCACUCGGCUCCACAUGUUCAGUUCACAGCCAUUAAAGCAGCUGAACAAUCAGACCACAGCUUUCACCAAAACAUCCGAGUAGUCCAGCUGAAGUGUAGCACAUUAUAGUAGCAGGAAUGGUUUGCCCUUUGUGCUUCUCUUUUUUAUUUCAGGCUAAAAUAUGGGGGUCCCUGCUACCAGUGAGCUGAUGUUGUGAAUAUAGCUGUCUGCUCCAUGGUUGUAGAUGUACUGUAAAAACACAAGUCUGUCUGUCACAGUUUAAAAUCGUUCCUUCUAAAGUUGGACCAAUGAUCUUGUCUUGUUCUGAGGUCUAACUGCAGCCUUUCACAGUGCUGACCACAUCGUUCCGAUCCACCGGCUGAAGCUUGAGUGUCUCCCUGGUUCUUCUUUGGAAAUGUUUCCCUCAUAUUCUUCCAAGACAAACCUUUCAUGCAGGUUCCACUGGGGAUUCUUGCUCAUCUUUGUCUUCAGUAUCCUGCGGGCUGCCCUUAGGCUUGAUUUCUGCUUCAGUUUUAUUUCCUGUCUUUGUGCCUCAUUCAUCCGUAUUAUUCAGAAAUGCAACAUCUCCUCUUUUUAUUGAGUUGCUGACAUUGAAAUCAGUCCCCUAUUAGAGCCCUGAAAACUUCGGACAUUUCAAAUUUACGAAUAUUAGGUUUGAAAAAGGUGCAGGUUGUCUUAUAUUCAAGGUCUAGACAAUUAUACAUUAUUGUCAGAUGUUCGUUUUGAAUGGAGAGUGCACCAAUGAACAUAGAAUGAGGAUGUCUGUAGUCCUGAUGUUGCUGGACUAACCUCUAGCUAUCUGGAAGUGUUUUUGAGUCCACAGUAGCCUAUUUUCUUCUUACAUUAGGGAUAUUAAGAAAUAAAAAAAGGAUGAAUCUGGGUGUUUCCUUGGUUCAAAAAACUAACCUGCUUAGGACUGAGAGAAUGUGGUUGGAUCUGAUAUGAUUGGCAACAUUACAAAAUAAAAUUGGGGCCACUGAAGGACUGUAAAUCGCACUGACUUUUUCCAGCUGAGCCCAGUCUUCUUUAUACAAGUCAAGAAACUAAAAUGAAUACAGCUCCAAGCAAGAAAAUACAAGUAUAUUUAUAUUUUGGUGAUUCUCAGGCCUUUCUGUUUAGCCUCCACUACAGGCAGACUCCUUCGAAGAUGAGUAGAAAACUGUUUCACCCUUACUAUUUCCUCCCAAGAAAAUUUCAAUAAAAGAAACACAGUGUGGUUUUGGCCCAGCAUUCAGUAUAGAUAUGUCUAAACUCCUGUUCCAUAUAAACUCACAGCCCUAUUUAUCUAGGCUUUUAUCUGUCAAGGACAAAAUCAUAUGGUUCAGUAACUGACUGAAAAUGACAGAAAAAUCUGCUCUUAUAAGAUUAUAUGUAAGCUCUAUUCAUGAUUUCAACAAAGGACUUAAGAUCACUGUUUUGUGCCAGACGUCUUAUUUUUAUUCUAAAUGUCUGAUGUAUUUGUUCCACUUUUAGGAAUCAAAUAUUUUAUGUGCAAAUAAAAUAUAAAUAAAUGAUUGUACAAAAUGUCCAAUGACCAACAGAAAUGUGUAGAAUAUUAAAUUUUUUAAAAAGGGAAAUCAAACCCAGCAAUAUUUAGAAAAACUCUGAUUUCAAUUUCAGAUUUUUUCCCCCCCAAACUGUGCCUUAUAUUCCCUGAGACCUUGUAUAGUAUGCAUGCAGUCGGCUGUAGUGUGACUGCUGAGGCAUCAGGGGACAGCGGCCAUGUGACGGUGGCUGCACGGAUUGGUUUAGUGCAGAUGUGACAUCAGCGAGCCUCCCACUCCUCCCUCCCGCCUCCCCUCUCUCUCUCCCAGUCUUUCUCUGCCUCUCUCUGCCUCCCUAUCUCUCUGUAGCGCUCUGCUUCUUUUUUCUCUCUCUCUCUCUCAUCUUCCUUUCCUCAGCAUCCUCCCUCUCAGAGAUGGCGUGUGUCGAUGCUGCUCGGGCGUCCGGGGCCUAACAGGAGAGGAGCCCCCUUCCCUCAGAUCUGCAGCCCCGUUCCUCGGGUGUCUCCUCUCGCUGCUGUCUUUCAGCUCUCCCAACCCCCCCCCCCCCCUCCACCGCCGCCUCCCCGGUGCGGGUGUCUGGGAUAAAGGCCCUCGGGGGUGGAGGAAAGCAACAUCGUGCUUCUUCGCUGGGGGAGCAGAAUUAGCUAUGCCCUGCCCAGGCAUCUUUUGACCGGUUGGAUUUCUCCAUUUCCGUCCGCCUGCACACCAGAGGGCAACGUAGGAUGAAAAUCUGCAACCAUGAUGCAAGGACUGAAAAACCGAACCAGGAAAGCCCUGGGCUUACGAAGAAAAGACAAGGACACAGAGACAGCGAGCUCACCUGACAAAGAAGGAACUGGAAGUGGAAAGAAGGGAAGUAAAAAGGCCAACGGGGCUCCCAAUGGUUUCUACGGAGAGAUUGACUGGGACAGAUAUGCCUCUCCUGAUGUGGAUGAGGAGGGCUUCAGCCUCCGGCCCGGUGAUGAGGGCGAUGCAGCUUCCAAAGAAAAGCACUUUUUCUCCUCCAGCGACUCGGAGGACGACGAGGACAGCAAGAAAAAGUUCAAAAUUAAGAUCAAGCCGCUGGUGUCGGACAGUGCCAAGUGUGCCACUCCAUCUAUGGACGAGCUAAAAGCCUCGGUGGGAGGCCUCGCGCUGUCUCCAUCUCUGAAGAGAAGUCCGAGACGCAGUCCGGGGCAAAUAAAAAGGAACUUGUCCUGUGAGGAGAUCGCAAGACCCCGACGCUCCACCCCGACACCCAGCCCUGCCCCUGAGACGCCUAGUGACAGACUGUCGCAGAACGUUCCUGCCUUCUUCGGGCUGCCUUCAGAGAGCAAAUAUGCCAGAUAUGACGUGGUUCCUGCUGACAUGUGGGGAGACUCUAGACCACGAUCAGAAUCACAGCUGAGUAGAAGUUUCCCAACAGGAGCUCCUCCUCCGCUUCCUCCAAAAAACAUUCCAUCAAGAAGUCAUUACGGCUAUCCUUCAGACGCUGCUGCUGAUCUACCCAAUGGAAGGGCAACUCGUAGGUCUGCCCCCAUCUAUCUGAACGUCCUCUCCCCCGCUUCCUACCGAGGCUCCCCGGCCCCCAACCUGGACGACGUGUUCGGCCCCAGCGAGGACAUAGUGUCUCCCAGAUGGGUUACCUUCACCGACGACCGGCCUCCUCCGCCCGAUGAGCCCGCUCCCCCUCCACCGCCAGACUCUCCUCCUCCAGACACCCCCUCAUCCACCCCCUCCACCCCCUGCCUCUCUCCUGGCCCGCCACCAAACGAACCCCCGCCUUCACCCCCUCCAUUCUCCCCCGGGUCUCCUCCUCCCUUCACGCCGCCAGACUCGCCUCCCUCCAUCGUGCUCGGACCUCCUCCUCCAGAUGAACCGGCUCCCCCCCUGCCCCCCGACUUCUCCCCCUCUAGUUCGCCUCCUCUGUGCCUCGAUGAGGAGGCGAUCGACGAGGAGGUGCUGCAGUUUGCGGAGUACUGUUCCUCCCCUGCGCCCAUCAGCCCUGUGCCUCCUCUGCCAGCAGAGCGGAGGUCGCCUCGGGGGGGAGUCACUUCUCCUCUGGUCCUGGGGGGAAAGAGGACUCCGGAGGGUUCAUACCUGAGAGAUGAUAUACCGGACUUCGUGGGCUCUCCCAGGGAGCUGACGCCGAGCUUCAGGGGGACGCCGCCUCCUCUUCCUCCCACCACCUACAGGUCUAUCAUGUCUUCCCCGGGGCCCUACUCAGGCAGCAGCCCCUCAUCUCCAGCUCGUCCUGCCACGCCUCAGUCUCGAGGCAGCCCGGUUCCUCCACCUCCUCCUCCUCGUCCGUCCUCGCGACCAAAGCUGCCCCCGGGGAAACCAAUCACAGACCUGACUCGGCCGUUCAGUCCACCGGUUUCAGGCAGCCCACCGCCUUUUGCCCCCCUGGCCAGGGCUGAGAGCUCUUCCUCCAUCUCCUCCAUUACCUCGCAGAGUGCAGCGUCCACUCCAACCUUGGGAAGGGACCUCAACAUGUCCACCACAGAGGCCUCACAGCCUCUGGUAUGGUUUGACCACGGCAGGUUUUAUUUAGCUUUUGAAGGAUGCUCCAGAGGACCCAGUCCACUCACAAUGGGGCCACAGGACACUCUGCCAGUGGCAGCUGCCUUCACAGAAACCAUCAAUGCCUACUUUAAAGGCGCUGACCCCAGCAAAUGUGUUGUGAAGAUCACAGGGGAGAUGGUGUUGUCCUUCCCUGCAGGCAUCACUCGGCACUUUGCCAGUCACCCAACUCAGCCCAUCCUCACCUUUAGCAUCAGCAACUACAACCGGCUGGAGCAGGUCCUCCCCAAUCCACAGCUGCUCUGCUGUGAUUCCACAACAGAGAGUGUCGACACCAAGGAGUUCUGGGUAAAUAUGCCAAACCUGAUGAGCCAUCUGAAGAAAGUGGCUGAACAGAAGCCUCAGGCGACGUACUACAACGUGGAUAUGAUCAAAUAUCAGGUGUCAGCAGAUGGGAUCCAGUCCACUCCUCUGAACCUGGCAGUGAGCUGGCGAGGGGAUGCCACCAACACAGACCUUAGAAUAGACUACAAAUACAACACGGAGGCCAUGGCCGCCCCUGUGCCGCUUCACAACAUCCACUUCCUGGUUCCUGUUGACGGAGGCAUCGCCAAACUGCAGGCCAUGAUCCCACCAGCCACCUGGAAUCCGGAGCAGCAGACGAUACAGUGGAAGCUACCAAGCCUGUCUCACAGGUCUGAAAAUGGAGGAGUCGGGGCUCUCCUGGGCCGGUUCCAGAUGAUCGAAGGUCCCUGUAAACCCUCCCAGCUGGCGGUCCAGUUCACCAGCGAGGGAAGCACUCUGUCGGGCUGCGACAUCCAGCUGGUUGGGACUGGAUAUCGGCUUUCGCUGGUCAAGAAGAGAUUUGCUGCAGGGAAAUAUUUGGCAGAUAAUUAGUGGAGCUGUUUGUGAACAGAACCAAGAAAAUCAAUGGCUUUUGACUGUGAAGAAUAUGGAUCCAUCCCAUGUUUAGUGCAUUUGAAAAUGUAUCUUUAGCAACCGUUACAGUUAAUGAGAUUUAAUAGAACAACAGGUCACAACACACAGACGAGAUAAUAUUUGACUUUUUAACACCAUCUUCAGUAGACUGACUCUUGCUGAGUUUAUGCAAGUAAAUAUGAAUCAUUAGUUUCGUGCACUUGGAACACUUACAUGGAGUAAAACAUAGGAAAACCCUGGUUCUUUGUUCUUGUUGAAAAUUACUGUGGAUUUCAUACAGUGAUCCAGCCUUAUUCAUUUCAGUUUCUUUUAUCUGACUGGUUGUCACUGCACAUGCACUGUCAAAGAUCAUGUGAAUAGAGGAUUUAAUAGUGAAACAAUCUUAAACGAGGUGGAAAAGAAUAGAAAAUGGAGGAAAAAGUGUAGUAUAGGUUUGCUCUGAAGUUUUAUUCCUCUAAAUUACUGGCUACGUGGUAACAUCUGAUUUACACUGCCACCUCAGAUCAGAUUUCCAUUUCCACCAUAUGUUGCAGUUUAAGCAGAAUUUAGAUCCUGUUUACACUUGGUUUUAAAAUAUGUCCCGGGCAACUGGAUCACAAGUGGACAGCACUGAAUAGAGUAUGAACAACUCCCAAGAUGCAUUGUGAGUCGAUAAAUUAAACUACAUACUGAAGUUGUCUGGAAUGCAUUUCACCUCAGAUCUUUUGUAGUGUAAACACCAAUCCAACCUUUUGGCCUUUUAACGGAGGUGACGUAGGCUGAUCUCUCUGGACUGUCCACCUGUGUUUGAGUCACCAAAGUGCAUUUUAAAACCGAGAGUAAACCGUCUGCUUAGAGAGCCUUGGAAGUGUCGCAUCCAGUUUAAAUCCACCUGCAGCGCUGGAUGAACAUCAGCACUUUGAGUCUUUAGGUGCUUUUUAUGUGGGAUUAUAUUUGUGCCUCAAUCCUGAGCUCUUGAUGGGACAUUUUGAUCAGAGGUCAUGAUCAUUUUCUACUAGCACAUGAAUGGUAUUUUUCAGAUGGAUUAGGACAAUUUCAUUUGAGCAAGCAAACAUCUGUUAUAUGCUCAGUAAGUCUGUUUGCUUGCUUGGCAUUUACACAACUGCAGAUUUAUGCCUAUGUUGCUAGGAUGCAUUGAUAGGCUACUGUUUUCUAACAUGGUGCUAAAAUCCCUUAAAAGGUGAUAAAAUCUCCACCAAAAACAGAUAAAAAAGACUUUCAGAAAGGUUAAUUAACCAAAAUUGACUGAAGUGCUCAUGUGUAGUUGAGGUGUGUGUCUGCCAUUUUCUCAGUGAUUCCUAGAUUGUGGUUCAGUAGUCUUUUUGUUUUGGAAAGUACCUAGCUGAGGGAAAUAACCUGGAAGUUUUAAACUGGCAGCCAUGAUAAGAGCUUGUUGAACUUUGUAAAUCAGGGGUGUCAAACUUAUUUUAAUUCAGGUUCCAAACUGAUCUCAAGUGGGCCGGACCAGUAAAAUCACAGCAUAACAGCCUAUAAAUAGCGAUAACUCCAAAUUUUUCCUUUGUUUUAGUGCAAAAAAGUACAUUUUAAAAAUAUUCCCAUUUAAUGAAUUAUCUUUUUAUUAAGCAUUGUGAACAACCUCAAAUUCCUUCAGAAAAAUAAGUGAAAUUACAGCAACAUUAUGCCUCAGUUUCUCAUUUACACGUUACAACUUCCAGAUCACAGUGUAUCUACAAAGGCACAAAACAUUUAGUCACAGGUAUCUGGAACUGAACGAUAUAGCGGUUUACAUAAUGAUCAAAAUGACCAAAGUCUGACCAAAAAACAAAGACAGACAGCAACAAAAACAAGACAAAAUAUUAAAAAAAUGAGACAAAUGACAUGAAACAAACCAAAAAAGAGACAAAAUAUUAGAUCAAAAAGUUACAAAGCAACAAAAAAAUGGACAAGCAACAAAAACAAGACAAAAAAAAUUACAAACCAACAAAAAUGAAUAAAGCAAAAUAUAAAAUGACAAAAAUAAGACAAAAAACACAAGCGAGACAAAAAAGGAACCACAAAACGAUAAAAACAUGAGACAAUAAGUCAGACGAAAAAACAAGAUAAAAUAUUACAAAAAUGAGACACAAAACGACAAAAGAACAAUGAGCAAUCUAGUAUUUUAUGAUCAAAAUAACUUGUCAUGGUCUGAAAAUUAUAACAAAUUUAUAGUUUUACAAAUUUACAAUCUGCAGUUAAUGUCUUCUCUGUAAUUUUACACUUUACAAAGUUGCUCCGUGGGCCGGAUUGGACCCUCUGGCGGGCCGGUUUUGGCUGUAAAUGAUAAGAAAGGUGCUGCACUGCUCUCUUGCUUUCUUUUUUUUUGCAUAGGAUACACUGGUCCAUCCUUUAUGAAAGAGAAGAAGAUAAUACAGCAGCAUCCACAGCGAUCUACCAUCACAUGUUAACGUAGCAUAGAAUAAGUAUAUGUAGAUUUUCUUCACUGUAGUUGUCCUUAACGAAUUCUCCCUCACAUCUUUUCUUGACUUUGUGACCUUUUUUCAGAAACUGAGGAAAAUUGUUUAGCAAAACACAUAGAACAUGAUUUUUUUACUGUCUGGUUACGACCGUAGAAACAGAUAAUCCUACUUGAGGUCUGACUGAAGACAACAACAGCCAAGCAGAAAUGACUUGAUUGUGGCUAAUAGCAAACACACAGACAUAUUAUUGAGCAUAAAAGUGAGUGAGUGAUUACUUUCUCUACAAAAUGCAUUCAUGUGCAGCCAGUACAUCUUUGUCUGAGCUCAGGAUUGAUGCAGAUCCAUAAUGCAGCCUUUAACAUCCGUACCACUGACUGCAGUUUUCUGUUUAGGAGUCGUGUCAGUUUGACCUGGUGAAGAACAAAAGCAUUACAUUUCCACUAAGGGCAAGUGCAAUGUUGAAAUUAGGGGUGUCACGGGUAUCUGAAACCAUGUUGAUAAUGCAUAUUUAAUAACACCGUAAGUAAUCCAUUGCCAGUUCUUUCUGGUGGAUUGGCAGGUGGUGGUAGACACCUUAAUGCCUGCUGUCAUCACUCAUAAAACAGAAAAAAGAAGAACAUGCAGCAACUAGCUAGUCAGCUGCUGCCACAUCGUGCGACUACUACACAAAACAGAGCUUUUUUUCAGAUUUUCUAUAGAUAUUGAGAUAAUCUAGUUAUCGUGGACUCGUUUAACCGCGAUAAUAGUGUAGCAAAUCUGAUAUCAUGACAGCCCCGGUUGAGAUGCCUCAAAGUUCUCCUGUUACAGAACAUAAGUGGUGUUUGUGGCAGUGUUUUAUUGGUGAAGCUGCAUUCUAACGAGGUGAUGGGAAUGAGAGAAGCUGCUACUUUUGCUGGAGCAGUUUGGGUGAUUUAUUAAGUUGUUAUAUUUGAAAGGCCCUUAAGAUGCUUGACACAUACAGAGCCAGAUGUGAGAGUGCCAUACUUUGAGGAAAAGGACCUUCCAGAGAGAUACUGAGGGACCUGAGCUGAAGAUUGUAGGAGUUGCCUUUGAUGCUGCUUUAAAACUCGGCCAAUUCCUUUGACCGUAAUCUUUGAUGGAGGUCUUGAGGAGGAACCUUUGGGGGACAUCACAGAAUAACAAAAAGAAGUGUCUAUCAAGAAGACAGCACUAUUUAUGUCCCUGCUUUAUUUUCUUCCUUUUCCACCAUGUUGAAUAAAUGUUUUAUCAUUUUCUAAUAGCAAUAUUUAAGUGUAAAAAGUGUACAUAAAAAGCUAUGUUUCAAAUACUUCUCUGGGCAUAUGGAUGUGUCUGUGAUUGUCCUUUGGUUUAUUGAUGUCAGCACCCAUAAUGCAUUUGGUUCUACGUAACGACACACAUGUCAACACUCACGUCAUCUAGUGUUUUUACAUGCGGGUUUCUUGUACAAAAAAAAUAACUAAAAAAGAAAGAAGUGUUACUGUUGAUGAAUAACUCCAAAAUGGUGCCGCAUGAAAUCUGCAUUUUUUUUCCCAUCACCAGUCUUAUCAAUGCAAUACCAGUCUGUCCAUUUCAAUAAGGUCAUGAUGCGUGUAUUAUUGUAUAAUUGUGCUACGAGAGGAGACUUUCUUGCCUUCACUUAAGCCUCCGCUCUCUGUUUUUGCUGUUGAUGCACCUUCAGAAACUCACUGUCAAUAAAUCUGGCAUGUGUCCAUUGAUAUACCCAUUCCACGCAUCUGAUAUAGGUGUUUGACAUCCUCCUGUGUUUGACUCGCACACGUAACACACUCUUCUUCAUGAAACGGUUCAUUGCCUCAUGCCACACGUUCAUAAGUGUUUGGACAUCAUCUUUUACAGAAGGUUUUAAUGUGUUGACUCACAGUUCGGGCCCGGGUGUAACAUUUCAUUUAUUUCCUUUUAGGAAAAGAAAAACUGGUUCUUUCUGUUAAAUAAGAAGAGGCCACUUUUUUUCUCUGUUAACGAUGCUUUUAAUUUUCUUUGCCUUAUUUUUGAACAUACACUAUAUAUUCCAAUAUCGAAGGUUUUCUGUAAGUUUAUUUUUUCUACAACUUUUUGGCUGUAUUCUUUCACUGCGUUAGAAUCAGAAUAUGCAAACAUUUCAUGUAAAUUUCCCAUCCAAAGAUUUUGAAAGUAAAUAUAUUAAAAAAUCAAUAUAAUGUAAUACCUGUUUUACUUGGUAAUAAAGAAGAAGAAAUAUGAA